UUGGCAAUAAUGUUGCUUAGCUCUAAGCAAAAUGUAAUUUUCAUGAAAUUGAAUACAAUCGAAUACACAUAAUUUUCAAUCCCUUUUCAGCACGCAGCGUUCUUCAAAAUGACGAAUGCCGUGUGCGAGUCCCUCAACAAGUCCUGGGUUGUCACAAAUCAGUGUCGCCUCAAAGCCGUGCAACGAAACAAGACGACAUUGAAUAUUGGACUCACUAUCCUUCAUCCGGCAAACGACAUAUACAUGAGGCUUCAACUACUGAAGAGAGCGAAUGGAUACAAGCCCUUCCUUGUGGACUACACCAUAAACGCUUGUGAAUUCAUACGGAGACGCAACCAACCCGUUAUCAAAGUGUUUUUCGAUCUCAUCAAGGACUUUACGACGAUGAAUCACUCGUGCCCCUAUGUGGGUCCACAAGGAAUUAAGGAUUUAUACGUUAAUCCGGCCAAGAUACCCGUUCCUCUGCCAACUGGAGAAUAUGUUGUUGUGCAGACCUGGAUGUUUGAUGCAAAGCCGCAACUUUAUUCAAAGGUCUACUUUACAUUUAUCGAAGACUUUUAA